GGGGGGAGCAUAUGGAGUAAGAGUAGCCCAUCUUCUUCCGUCUCAGACCUCCGGUGUCUCAGUUCGCGAGGGUGGGAGCGCGACAACACAGCAGGUUGCUAUGGAGACGUCCUCGGUUGGCCCGGUCCAAAUGUCAACAGGUGUCCUUGGGAAAGUGGGGGGGUGUAGGAGAGCUAUCUCUUGGCCAUGAAACUUCCAGAGGAGUUUGUUAUUGUUCCAGGGGUGCCAUGAUCGGUGUUUCGAAGGUCCAGUGCCAAGCGAUCGCUCCAAGUCAGACAGACGAGACGAAGACGAAAAAAAUGCAGCAAGCAGGGAAACAUGAGGGUGUGGGGAGGAACAGAGAGGGAUAGCGGAGCGAAGAAAAAGAAAACACGUAACACAUUGAAACAAAUGCUAGGUAUGAUAACUGAUUGUGCAACUCAAAAAAAAAACUAACCAGGCAAGAACACCAACAGGUUUCUUGUCAUAUAGGAAGAAAAGGAUCAAAACAGAGAACGAGAUAAACGCAGAAGCAUCGGAUCUUAUCCUCUGUUUGUAAAAUCACAGGGGUAAUAUGGACUAAUCUGUCUGACUUCAUAAUGAAAGGAACUUGUCUGAACAUUUUUAAACAUUACUGCAAACACAUUUAUUAAAGCUUUGUAGCAUGUAGCAAAGAGCAGAAACACAACUACACUGGUGUCAGAGAACAUAGUCUCCAUUGCACAUUUUCAGCUUAAAUUUUUGAUUUAAGUCUGACUUAGUGACAAACAGAUCCAUUGCGCAUAUGCCAUGAUAUUGUAGUGAUUUAUUUCUUAAUCUUAGAUGCAAAAUGUUUUACAGACAGAAAAAAUACAUUAAGGACUGUGAAAUACAUUUUAAGGCUAAUAUAAGUUGCAGUUGAAUAAUAAACAGAAUUCACACUAUAAAAACAUUGUGGUUGAAGUUCUCCUCUAAAAUAAUGCGGUUACUGAAACGAGGUCGACUGUCCCUGCUAUUUGGGCUCACUCUUGUCCUGGGAUCAGUGUGGAUGCUUUCUCUACUCAAUGAACUGAGAACAGACGGGAGUCUUACCUACGGCUGGUGGGAGUAUACAGAUGUCGAUGGCGGUCCGGAGAAACAGUGCAACUGUUCUGCAAUCCUACAGGGAGAGACGGAGGCACUGGAAGAGGCCAAAUUACUGACUCUCAGUGAAGACUUCCAGAAGAGUGUUGAGAUCCCUGAUGAGUAUUACAUUAAUGCAGCCAAAGACUGCAGGAACUUCAAGUUAAGCAGGAAAUACUUCACAUUCCCAUUAAGCAAGGAAGAAGAGGAGUUUCCUCUGGCUUUCUCUAUGGUGGUCCAUCACAAGGUGCAGAAUUUUGAGCGACUACUGCGAGCUAUUUAUGCACCUCAAAAUAUUUAUUGUGUCCAUGUGGACAAAAAAUCAGAGACCUCAGUCUUUGCUGCCAUCAUGGCCAUCACCUCCUGUUUUCCGAACGUCUUCAUGGUCAGACGGCCUGUCAGUGUGGUCUAUGCUGCCUGGCCACGAGUCCAGGCUGACCUUAACUGUAUGGCUGAUCUUUAUAAUGCCAGCACAGAAUGGAAAUACUUCAUCAACGUUUGUGGCCAGGAUUUCCCUCUGAAAACCAAUUUGGAGAUGGUACGGAUGUUGCGUUCAUUGAAGGGCCGGAACAGCAUGGAGUCAGAACAAAUGCCAGCUGAAAAGAAAUGGAGGGUGACAAAUGUUCACCAGCUAGUUAAUGGGCAAAUUCAGGGGAUAGGAAAGCAAAAGGAGCCACCACCCUUCAACCUGCCCAUUUUCUCAGGAAAUGCCUACAUUGUGGUCAGUCGAGGUUACAUCCGCAGUGUGUUGGAAGAUGAUCGAAUACAGACGUUGAUAGAGUGGGCCAAAGACACCUACAGUCCUGAUGAGUUUCUCUGGGCAACCAUUCAACGAAUCCCUGGUGUUCCUGGCUCAACGAGGCCAAAUCGUAAAUACGACAUGACAGAUAUGAAUGCAGUUGCUCGACUGGUGAAGUGGCAGGGCCAUGAGGGUCCUCAGGAUUCCCUGGAUGCAGUGUAUUCAGAAUGUCAUGGUAACCAUGUGAGGGAAAUAUGUGUGUAUGGUGCUGGAGACCUGCGAUGGAUCAUUGCUCAGCAUCACCUCUUUGCCAACAAGUUCGACAUCGACACAGAUCCCAUUGCCAUCUACUGCUUGGAGAAAUAUCUGAGACAAAAGGUGCUGGCUGAGUUACAUUAGGUGGAGAUUUUUGUGUCAACUCAGAAUGAGUCAGGGAAGGGGGUGCUUGGCCCGUAACAAUGUUUAAGUGGGUGGUGCAUGCCAAAGUAGCAGGAACCAAUGUUUCCCAACACAAAACUGCAGUGUAAAAAGACAAUUAUUCAAUUCACUCAACGGUGGGCAGACAGUAUAUUUUACUUGUAUAAAGAUUGUAAUCAUCCACCAUGUACACAACUUUUUAAGGAUAUGCUGUUAGUUAUUAAGUUGGAGAAGAUUAGAUAUGCUCUUAGUUUCCAAGGUUACACUGACAUGGCAAUCUUUCCUUAGUUGUGUUGAUGUUUUAGGUUCUGAUAAUGUGAUAACCAGUGUGGAGUUUGUCUUUGGUAUAUAUGUAUUUAUGUGUAAUAACAGUUUUGGAACAAGAGAAUCACUGAUAUGUUAGUGCCUGAGAUAAUAGGGUGCAUUGUUCUGGCCUCCUGACACCUUUCUCUGAAUUUAUUUAUUUUUUUUUUUUUUUAAACAUGAUUCUUAUAUUCAUCUUUCUUUGUAUAGUUUCUAAUGUGUACCCUGUGAACGUCACCGUGGUUGAAGGGAGGGAGAUAUUUAUUAGUCCAACUGUAUUUAUACACUGAAUUGUCAAAUUACAUUGACAAGUUCAGAAACAAACCUAAUCCAAAGUUAUGAAAGCUGCUUACUCUACAAAGUCUGAUUUGUGUUACGGGGGUGGUUGGAGAACCCAGGUGCAGGCACAGAUAUGGCAGACAGGUGGCAACAGAAACAGGUCUUUAUUUAAACGAACAGGUGUCUGGAGUGAGCUGAUUACUGCAGCUGACACUCAUUGCAGUAAUCAGCAGGUAGCAGAAUGCAGGCAGGUGAAACAGGGAGAGCAGGAGGACGAGUGACAGGGAGAGAGAGAGACAUGAGGGAGAGGUGACAGACAGACAGAGGGAGUCAACGAGAGACAGAUCAAAACAGAACAGGAGGAGCAGAGAAACAGGCUGGAACAGGGAUCAUGACAAUUUGUCUGUGACUACAGAUAAUUAGUGUGUGUGUGUACACACACAUAAUUAGAACACAUACACAUGCAGUUCAAUGAAACUACAAUGAUAAAAAUCCAAAGCUGUUGCUGUUAGUCUAGCAGUGUGUUAAUUAAUUUCAUCCAUCUACUUAAAAUUCAAAUGGAAAAAUACAUGCUAGCUUAAUUAUUGGCCAUGCAAUUGCAAAAUAUAUGGAAAACAAUGCAAUUUGUGGAGGAGCAAUAGGUUGGAAGAAUGUCCAAGUAAAAUAAAGGUGGUUGGCUGUAA